CGUCCACCCAACCAAUGGUCGUUCCCAAUUGAGCUGCUACCUCGACUGGAGCCAGCUUUUGCCGGAUGCGCACAGCGUUGCUCGCCAUCACUCGCACGGCUAAACCAAGGAAUGUGGCCGUAAGCCGACCCUUCGCCUUCACCUUCGAGCAUUGCACCCUUUGUACCAUGUCGACCAAGCCAAACAAGAAGCCCGCCGCCGCGGCCCCGGCCACCGACAUCAAGAUUGUCACGCGCGACGGCAAGGAGUUCAGGGAGAUUCAGGAGGGACUGGGGCGGAUUCUCGUGCCCUUCUCGGCUAGCGAAGCAAAGGGCAAAUCGGUCAAGCAAAUCGACGAACAGCAAAAAGUCUUCUACAACCCGAUCCAGCAGUUCAACAGGGACCUCACAGUCCUCGCCAUCAAGGCCUAUGGCGAGGAUGUUGUCAAAAGCCGCAAGGCAGCCAUGGAGAAAAGGAUUCUGAAGGGCAGUCAGAAGCGGAAGCGCGACAAGUCCGAUAUUGGUGAGGGACGGCCAGCCAAGCAUGAUGGUGGCUCUACUGCGGCGCCGUCAGAGCAGGAGCAGGCCACUAACGGUGGCGAUGCAGUCAUGAGCGAGACACACGCGGCGGAGCAUGGAUCACAAGAAACGGCGGCGGAUAGAAAGGACGCGAUGGACGAUGCUCAAGAGAGACCUGCCGAACAACCGACUGAGCCAACAAAACAGGUCCAGGCAAUCGAGGACCAGAAUGGCCACGAGCUUGAAGCUGAGCUGCAAAAACCUGGCAAUUCAGGCGGCAGGCAACUCAAAGAGCCGAACUUCACGAUCCUCGACGCGCUUUCGGCGACUGGCUUGAGAGCCAUGCGCUAUGCUCAGGAGCUGCCGUUUGUCACGUCAGUCACUGCCAACGACCUGAUAGCUGAUGCAGUCGAAGCGAUCAAGCGCAAUGCUGAACACAACGGAGUUGCUUCCAAAGUUACCGCUACCCAAGGAGACGCGAGAGCGCACAUGUACAACCUGGUCGCAGAAGAGCUUGCCCGUGAGCACAAGGACAACCCCAGAGGUCUUAAGACCCUCUCCUUGACUCCAAGCAAGAGAUAUGAUGUGAUCGAUCUGGACCCCUACGGCACGGCUGCCACUUUUCUCGAUGCUGCGGUCAACGCUGUUCGUGAUGACGGUGGGCUUCUCUGCGUUACUUGCACAGAUUCGGGAGUCUGGGCCUCGCACGGUUACUCAGAGAAGGCGUUCGCUUUAUACGGAGGGAUUCCCAUCAAGGGUCACUUCUCGCACGAGGGUGGGCUCAGACUCAUUCUCCAUGCGCUAGCCACCACAGCUGCGCGGCAUGGGCUGGCGAUCGAGCCCCAGCUAAGUCUGUCUAUCGACUACUACAUUCGCAUAUUCGUCAAGGUCUACAAGUCUCCUGCCAGCGUCAAAUUCUUGGCAGGCAAGACCAUGGUGGUUUACAGCUGUGAUCAAGGCUGCGGCGCCUGGCAAACGCAGUUGCUGCUUCGGAACAGGAAGCAGAUGAACAAAAACGGCCAGGGGACUUUCUACAAGCACGGGCUCUCCCUUGGGCCGACUGUCGACACCCACUGUGAACAUUGCAAAACCAAGAUGCACAUGGGAGGGCCCAUGUAUGCAGGCCCUUUACACAAUGCCGCUUUCAUAAAGAAGAUCCUUGACGACCUUCCCCAAGCAUCGACUGAUAUCUAUGGGACCACUGCACGGAUAGAGGGCAUGCUCAGUACGGCCUUGGAGGAGCUAUCACUGCCGGAACCAAAGGACGAGCUGCCGCGCUCAAAGGAAGAUGCGCUUGCGGCUCUGGACCAUUACCCUUUCUAUUUCCAUGUCAGCGCACUUGCAGGUAUCAUCCAUUGCAUGUGUCCCGAUGACGAAAGCUUCAAAGGCGCAUUGCGUGGCCUGGGCUACGAGGACACCAGAAGCCACUGCAAAGCUGGAAGCAUCAAAACAAAUGCUCCCUGGUCAGUCGUCUGGCAUGUGAUGCGUGAGUGGGUGCGGCAGAAAUCACCCGUCAAAUUGGCGAACAUUAAGCAGGGCACGGCAGCUUGGAACCUCCUGAAGCUGGACCAGGACAACAGUGGUGAGCCAAAUGGCGUUGGCCAAGACAAGGCUGUGGGUGACAAACAAGUGGUCUUUGACAAAACACUCGGCCGUGAUCGGUCAAGGAAAGGCCUGGUCAGGUAUCCAGUCAACCCUCGUGAGAACUGGGGCCCAAUGGCCAGAGCUAGUGGUCAUUGAACGCUGUCACUUCUGAUAUAUUGCCUGGGCAUAUAUGGAGUCCAGCUGCGCGUCACACAGGUAAACACCAGAGAAAUGAUGUCUUUGUUAAAUACCAAUGAUACCCUUCAAGCCGCACAUGCAAACAUGCCAGCAAAUACAAGGUGUCACCUGAGUUGAAUAGUUUGUGGCCGGCACCUCACGCAACAAACUCUCCACGGAGCCACCGGGCAAGGAUACUCGUGCAAGUUACCGUGUCUAUUUGGAAUGGCUACUCAUGCACACGGC